AUGACGAUUAGAGAACCCCAGAUGAAUUUAAAACUGACUGAGCCCUCAGGGCCGGUCUGUGGCCUCACCACAGCUUGGACCAACACUAAGAAUCUGGCCACAUACAGGAACUUCAAGUCUGGAUUGCUCCAGGAACGGGUACUGAACACGUAUCGGCUGAUGCACACUAACCAGACAGUGGAAUUUGUUAUCAAGAAGAUUGCACGAUGGGGCUCAUGUUCACAGGCUCAGAUGACAGUGAUGGAAGCUCUUCAAGCACUUGAUCAGAUAGUGGAUGAAUCUGACCCUGAUGUUGAUUUUCCAAAUUCUUUCCAUGCCUACCAAACAGCAGAAGAAAUUCGGAAGAUCUAUCCUGACCUGGAUUGGCUCCAGCUGGUUGGGUUGCUGCACGAUAUUGGGAAAAUCCUCACUGUCUGGGGAGAGCCGCAGUGGUGUGUGGUUGGAGACACCUACCCAGUUGGAUGUAAGUUUCAGGAUUCUAUUGUUUACAGGAACUCAACAUUUUCAGACAAUCCAGAUCUUAAGGACCCUAGAUACAACUCGCUUUAUGGGAUGUACGAACCUAACUGUGGGUUGGACAAAGUACUGAUGUCAUGGGGACAUGAUGAAUAUCUGUACAAUGUGCUGAAAACUAAUGGGUGCAAACUUCCUGAAGAGGGACUGUAUAUGGUCCGCUUCCAUUCAUUCUACCCCUGGCACACAGAGGGAGAUUACAUGCAUCUUUGUAACAGCAAAGACCUGCAAAUGCUUCAAUGGGUUCAAGAAUUUAACAAAUUUGAUCUGUACACCAAGUGUGAUGACUUGCCUCAUGUGAAGACAUUGCAGCCCUACUAUCAGAAACUGAUUGAUAAGUAUUGUCCAGGAAAACUGCGCUGGUAA